AUGAUCAGUUCAUGCAUUGCAGUAAAAGCAUCAUAUUCAAGCGUUAGAUCUGGUAUUAUUCGACUAACGCCUGAUUCAGUGCAAUGCAGAUUAUAUUGUCGUGGUGCGAAUUGUAAGUACUGCACUUCAAAAUAUUGGAAAGCAAGUGAGCAAGCAAUUCAGGGCAUUUACUCAUCAUGGUCAGCUUUGAGUUUUUCGUUCCAUAAUUUCAAGAUAACCGACAAAAUUAUUGCGAUGGCUAGACCAACAGUGCACACUUUCAGUGAAUACAAUCUCAUCGAACAACUCAAAAAAAUGCACAUUCGAACAGUCAUCAAUAUGCAAACAGCCGGCGAGCACGCAUUCUGUGGUCCUGCACUUUUGCCGUGUGGAUUCACGUAUGAUCCAGAGAUAUUAAUGAGGAAUAAAAGGGGGGGGUGGGGGGUAACGGCGGCGUGCCAGAUCAUCAAAAUGGGUAAUGGAGCACCCGAGCGUGAGAACUACUGUUAUAAAGGAUGCUUCAAUUUCGCCAGUUGUGAUGCCAACAUUUUUUCAGUAUAUUUCUACAAUUUUGAUUGGCCUGAUUUCGGUGUGCUUGGAUUGGAAUUACUUUUGAACGUUGUUAAAGUGAUGCAGUUCGCGAUUGAAGAAGGCUGUGUUGCAGUACACUGUCACGCAGGACUUGGACGAACUGGUGUUAUUGUGGCAUCGUACCUUGUUUGGAGGUAUCAUUUAUCGCCUGAUGAAGCCAUAAGCUUCGUUAGAAAAAAACGGUUACUUGGAAAGCCUUUUCUUUCACCACGUUCGGUGCAAAGUUCGGUACAGAUUGGCCUCAUUAAUGCAUUUUGGGAUUUCCUUGUGAACGAUGCGCAAGUGAUCCCUCGACAUGGAACGAUGUCACUGAAUGAUUACCUUCAGAUUCAAGAAAAAGUCCUUUGUAAUUCAGAGGCACGUCGUUACAGUCAUAUCCCUAAAAUUGUACAUCACAUUCGCAUAGUUUUGCUGAAAGAUAUUUUCGCGGCUUCGAAAAGUGAUGAAUCGAAGAUUCAGGAAGCAUCAAACAUUCUUCAGCCAUGUGCUUCGCACUGUGAGAUCGCGCACAGUGAAUACUCCAAAUAUUUUGGAUUGAAGAGGAAAAUUUCAUCAACCGAAGUUGCAAAGCAGUUGUGCAGCUUGUUGAAGCAUCCAAAUGACGAUGAAAUGGACUGUGAACUUGAGAAGAGUUUAAAGAGUGCUGAAUUCAAUAUGGUCAAUGCAAAAGCAUUCAUUGAGGAGAAUAUGCGCGAAGAUAUUCAUUACAUACUUUAUGCGCUUCAUCGAUUCAUGCAAUCACUCAAAAAACCAAUCGCAUCUCAGCAUAAUAUCAUUCGUUCAUUUUCUACGUUUGCUAAUACUCAUGUCGAGGCUUGGCAGUGUCUCUUCUACGUUUUGCUUGAUUUAAUGUCGAUUAUAUGUCGCGAAAACUGCAACUCUGCUGCACAAUUAUUGGCGUUAUGGUAUACUGGUGAAAAUACUCCCGAAUUGAGUGAUCAAAUUGAAUCGUACUUGCAAAAGUUAGUAUAUUCCACGGUUUUAUCCAAUAAAUAA